AUGAGAAAGGAUGACACAUCUUCUGAAACUCUGCAGACCACUCACGAAGAUGAUUGUGUCCUCUUCUGUGUAUUCGAGGUCAAGUACAAAAGAGAUUUUGAAGAAAGCAAAGGAAGGGGCUUCAGCAUCGUUACCGACACGCCUGAACUACAGAGGCUGAAGAGGACUCAGGAACAAAUCAGUAAUAUAAACCCAAACACUGAAAUAUAUUGGCCAAAGCCAGACAGAUAUUUUGACAGUGGCCUGGACUGUGUCUGUUUUGAGAUGAAGAAGACCCGCUGCGUCGGAUCCCGGCUGCCCACCGUGUCAGAUGCGGCGGUGGACAACAGCUCGGGGGUCCCCAAGGGCUUCAUGGAGAAGGAAGUUGUGGAGGCGGCAGAGAAUGGAAGAGCCGCAGCUGCUAAUGGGGACGCUAGUGAGGAAAAUGGGGAGCAGGAGGCUGACAGUGAGGCAGAUGAAGAAGGAAGGGAGGAGGAGGAGGAGGAGGAGGAAGGUGAUGAUGAGCAAAAGGAUGAAGAUGAGGAGGCCGAGGCAGCUAUGGGCAAACGGGCAGCUGAAGAUGAUGAGGAUGACGAUGUUGACACCGGGAAGCAGAAGACCGAUGAGGAUGACUAG